AAUAUAAGAUAAUUAGGAAAUCCCUAGAAGUAACAGACUAAGGGAUAGAAAAAGGUUAAUAAUAAAAAUUAUUAUGGAUGACAAUUGGAAGUAAGCUUGAGAAGUUUGUUAUGAAGUUUGUUAUAUUUAUGUUAUAAAUAUGAAAUUGGGAACUGCUAAAUAUGUAAUAUGAAAUCCAGAUUGGAGGGUGUCGGGGAAGCCUUUUAGCAAUGUAAAUACACCAGGGAAUAAGAAGAAAAAAUUCUUCUUUUAUUUUGUGUGUUUUUAUUGUUGAUAAUUUUUUAUGUUGUGUCAAAUGUAAUGUUUUUCUUUUGUGUUUUUGUCUAUGCGUUAUAAGAGAAAACGACUAAAUUUUCUGGAAAACCAAAACUCUGAGGCGGGAGGGCGCCUCGAAACCGCCUUUUCCUCCCGCCUCACACAACCACGCCAUGAGGUCGCCAUUUCCCCCGUAUCCCGCCCUCAGGAGGGCCGCCUUUUUUGCGCGGGCCAGGGGCACUUCGCCGCCCCCAUCCCCUCACCCCGAGCUGCCCAGCCAUCUCCCUCCGUAAAAAUCCCUUUCCCCGCUCCCUCGCUUUCGUUUUCGGCGCCUGCGCCUCCUCCCGCUUCCCUCCCCUUGACGAGGCUCGGGAAAGCCAAGCCGCCAGGCCGGCCGAGCUCAUUUCCCGCCUCUUUUCUCCUCCCCGCCUCGAGCCCGGCGGGGCAAACGGCCGCAACGAAAGCGCCAUCUACGGGCAUGGGGCGCGCACUGCCGGCUCCCUUCGCCGCCGCCACCCCUCCUCCUCCUCCGUCGCGGCCGAGCGGGCAGGAGGGAGCCUGCCGCGGGGCUGCGGGGUUUGUGGGGGGGGGGAUCCCUCCGAGCUGCUCUCGCUGAGGGAAAGUUUGUGUCCGCCGAGGGAGACAUGAGCGGAGGCCGGAGGGGGAGCAGCAGGAGCUGCCGGGGCGACGAGGAGGAGGAGAGGGAAGCGGCUCUCCAGAAGCUCAUCGUCCGCCUGAAGAAUGUCCAGGAAGGGAAGCAGAUCGAGACCCUCGUCCAGAUCCUGAGGGAUCUCCUCGCCUUCGCCUCGUCGCCCAGCGGUCCUCCCUUGCUCGUCGGGAAGAACGUCCACGUGCCUCUGUUGUUGGUGCUGGCCUCGUACAUGAGGGCGGCGAGCGUGCAGCAGGUGGGAUGGUCGCUUCUUUGCAAACUUAUCGAAGUUUGCCCAGAAACGCUUCAUAACUUAGCAGCUCCUCAAGGUGUUGGGAAGGAUUGGGAAGUGCUUGGUGUUCACCAGCACAUUCUUAAGAUGCUUAAAAACCACAAUGUGAACAUACACCUUUCAACAGUUGGCCUCAAAGCAUUAAAUAUGCUUCUCUCUUCAGAUGCAAUAACACUUCUUCUCUUGGAGGAAGGAACAGACGUAUUUUUACUGAUAUUUGAUGCCAUGGACACAUUUUCUGAUAAUGAGGAGAUCCAGAAAUAUGGAUGUAAAGCUUUGCACAUGCUUCUUGAAAAAGUUCCAGAGGAGCAGCUGAUUGAAUUUGUUGAGGACAAAGAUCACAUGAUCAUACUGAAUGUGCUCAAAAAAUUCCCCAAAAAAGAAAACUUAGUACUUCUUGCCCUGUUGUCUUUACAUUCAUUGGCAGGACCACCUAGCAAUGCAGAAAUUCUUAUGUCUGGAAAUGUGAGGUGUUACAAUGUCAUCGUUCAAAUGAUGAAAGAUUUCCCCGACAAUGAAGCAAUUCAGGAAGUGAGCUGCUGCUUGUUGCACAAACUUGCAUUGGAAAACUUUUUCAAUAUCCUGGUAUUGAAUGAUGUACAUCAAUUCAUUGUAACAGCCGUUGGAAAAUACCCUGCUAGUGCAAAGCUGCAGGCUGCAGGCCUCAGUUGCUUGGCUCUUCUCACGGAAACAAUAUUUUUAAGCAGAGACUUGGAAGAGGAGGAGGUGGAGGAGGAAGAAAAAGAAUUGUGUUGGCUGGAAGCCUGUUAUAAAGCAUUAAAAUUGCAUCGGAAGAAUAUAGAUGUACAGGAGGCUGCAUGUUGGGCUUUGAACAAUCUGCUUAUGUACCAACGUAAUCUUCAUGAGAAGAUUGGAGAUGGAGACAAAAAAUUCCCAGCCCACAGAGAAAUGAUGCUAUCCAUGUUGAUGCAUAAUUCUUCAAAAGAAUUGUUUCAAGCUGCUGCAAAUGCCUUGGCAACUCUACUGGAGCAAAGUGUGAAUAUUAGAACAGUUCUGCUGGCAAAAGGAAUACACAUGAAUGUGCUGGAGAUUAUGAAGAAACACUCCAACUCCCCGGAAGUUGCAGAAAGUGCUUGCAAGCUGCUGAACCGUGCUUUUGAAGGAAGUUUCCCCCCUCUGGAUAUAAUGACAGAAGUGGCAUCGAGAGUUGUAAAGGCCAUGAGAAAGCAUAAAUCAUCCCCAAGUGUACAGCUGGAGGCACUAAGAGUUAUUUUACAUUUUAUGACUUCAGGCGUACUGAAAAAGCAACCAAAUAAUUCUGACUUGGGAGAUACUGAGUUGGCGCUAAUGCUGAAAGUGAUAAAAAACCAAUGUUUGUUGCAAGGUGCUCACUCAUUAGUCCUUGAUGCUCUCAACACGUUUAUUGGAAAUCCUGGUAUUCAGAAAUGUGGAUUUCAGGUACUUUCUUCUGUUGCGGAAUGUUCAGGUGCGCUAGAAAUGUUGACACAGCAAGGAAUGACAGAUACCGUACUCCAUACGCUACAGAUGUAUCCUGAUGAUCAAGAAAUACAGUGCUUAGGCUUAAGUCUUCUGGGAUCCUUGAUUACAAGAAAGAUAUUGUGCAUUGCAAUUAUACAAGUUCUGGCGGCAAUCUUGGUUUCUACUUUACGGCGCUUUAAGGAGGUUGUUGAAAUACAGGCACAUGGAUUUAAUGUGAUUAUAAAAAUACUUGACCUGUCACCUUGUUUUGCAAAGCUGUUAAUACAGGAGUCAUUUGAUACAGCCAUUUUUUAUCAGAUGUCCAUGUGUUUCACUGAGCAAAGAGACCAGCAGUUUCAGAGUCUUUGUUGUAAAUGCUUUGCUAAAAUAGCUGACAACGAUGAUUUAAAAAACCUGAUGUUGGAGAAAGCCUGUGCUGAGUAUAAUACCAUUAUGGUUGAAUGCUUACUCUUGCUGGGAGCUGAUGUGAAUAAGGAGACAAAGAAAAACUCUUUAAUCUAUCAAAUUUGUGAAAAAGGGAGCAAUCCUAAGUUGGUAGAACUGCUAUUAAACGGCGGUGCUCGAGAGCAGGAUGUCCGGAGUGCUCUCACAAUCAGCAUCAAGAAGGGAGAUAGCCAGGUCAUUAGCUUGCUCUUAAAAAAGCUUAGUCUGGAUUUGGCCAACAGCAGCAUAUGUCUUGGCGGUUUCUGCAUUGGUAGAAUUGAACCUUCCUGGCUGAGCCCCUUGUUUCCAAGUAAACAAGGAUCCUUCAAGAAACAAAAUGCAGGCUCUGCACUGGCCAGAAUGGUGCUUAGAUACCAAAAGAAAAGCAGCUAUGAGGACCAGUCAAGUUCUAGUUUUGAAGAGAAUACUGAUGAAAAUAUAAAGGAGCAGCUUGAUGACUGGGAACUUCUUCCUGACCAUUUAGUCGACAGUGUUUUCUGCUUGAGUGAUGGUAUAGAUAGUGAAGGGAGUGAAAACUCAAUUAUCGUGAAGAAGAAAUCCAACUCCGUGGCUGUUGCAGACGUCCACAAAGACAGGGCCUUGCAGAUGGGUUCUCAGACCCUGAAAAGGAAUUCCAAGUCUGUGGGACCUGGGUCACAUCACGAACCAUUUAAGAAUCCAAGAAGAGGGCAAAUGUCUUCUGAAGAAUCACACAACACCCCAAAUCGAUUGGACAGUUCCUCUUCGUCAAUCCCUGACAGGGAAUUUAUUAAAUCACUUGAUCUUUCAUCAAAUGAGCUGGAGAAUAUAGAUAGCAUCAGUCAAAGCUCUUGCUUAACUACUCAUUUGGAACAUCUUGAGAAAUUAGAGCUUCAUCAAAAUGCCCUUCCAUGCAUUUCUGAACAAUUGUGUGAGAGCUUGAAGUGUUUAACUUAUCUGGAUCUGCACAGUAACCGUUUUAAAUCGUUUCCUCCAUACCUGUGGAAAAUGCCUCAUAUAGCACAUCUUGAUAUCUCCCGCAAUGAGAUUGGUCCUUCCUUAAUCUUGGAUUCAAAGAUUGUCUGUCCAUCUCUAAAGCUACUGAAUUUAUCAUACAACCAAUUGUCAUGCAUUCCCGAAUUUCUCUCCAAUGUUGCACAAAACCUGGAGCACCUUAUAUUAGAAGGUAACAAGCUUUCAAGUGUGUGCUCACCGUUAUGUUUGAAGGAACUGAAAGUGUUAAACAUUAGUAAGAAUGCUGUAUCCUUCUUGGCUGAGAAUUUCCUAAAAGACUGUUUGAAGCUGGAGACACUCAAUGCUGGGAUGAAUUCACUCGAGGCCACACCUGAUUUGCCGCCUAACAUAACUACAUUGAAAUUAUCUCAGAAUAAUUUUUCUAGUGUUCCAGAAGCAAUUCUUCUUCUCCCACAUCUGAGAUCAGUGGAUUUAAGCAACAAUAAGAUUACAACUCUGCCUGGGCCAGUUCAUUGGAAAAUGUCUAAUUUAAGGGAGUUGCUGUUUAAUCAUAAUCAAAUAAGCAUCCUGGAUCUGAAUACAAAAGCUUUCUUGUGGUCUCGGCUCGAAAAGCUUCACCUCUCCCACAACAACUUAAAAGAGAUUCCUCCUCAAAUUGGGUUCCUUGAAAAUUUAACAUCUUUUGAUGUAAGUUACAAUCCAGAAUUAAGAAGCUUUCCUGAUGAAAUGGGAAAGUUAUCCAGAAUAUGGGACCUUCCUUUGGAAGGGUUAAAUCUUAACUUUGACUUCAAGUAUGUGGGAUGGAAAGCCAGAGACAUUAUAAGGUUUCUUCAGCAGCGUUUAAAGAAAGCUGUCCCUUAUAACCGGAUGAAGCUCAUGAUAGUUGGAAAUACAGGCAGCGGUAAAACUACACUGCUACAACAAUUAAUGAAAUGCAAGCGACAAGACAUGGAAAUUCCGAAUGCGACAGUUGGCAUUGAUGUGAUUGACUGGAGGGUUACGGUGAAGAGUAAAACAAAGAAAGAGCUUGAAUUAAGUGUCUGGGAUUUUGGAGGCCAGGAGGAAUUCUACAGUGCUCACCCCCACUUUAUGACCCAGAGAGCUCUGUACCUUACUGUUUAUGACCUUAGCAAAGGAGAGGCUGAAGUGGAUGCUAUGAAGCCGUGGCUGUUUAAUAUCAAGGCCCGAGCUUCAUCUUCACCUGUGAUUCUCAUUGGUACUCAUUUAGACAUCUCUAAUGACAAACAGCGUAGAGCUUGUGUCAACAAAAUUACCAAGGAACUGAUGAAUCAGAGGGGAUUUCCAGCAAUCCGAGAUUACCAUUUUGUGAAUGCUACUGAAGAGUCUGAUGCUAUGAUGAAACUUAGAAAAACUAUAAUAAAGGAGAGUCUGAAUUUCAAAAUCGGAGACCAGCCCGUUGUUGGGCAGUUAAUCCCAGACAGCUACUUGGAACUUCAGAAGAGAAUUUUAGAGGAAUGCAAAAAUGUUCCCGCUGAAUUUCCUGUGAUUGACCACAAGAGGUUGUUAGAAUUGGUGCAAGAAAACCAAUUGCAGUUGGAUGAAAAUGAGCUCCCACAUGCUGUUCACUUUCUGAAUGAAUCAGGUGUUCUGCUCCAUUUUCAAGAUCCGGCACUUCAGCUAAGCGACUUGUAUUUUGUGGACCCUAAAUGGCUAUGUAAAAUCAUGGCACAGAUCUUGACAGUGAAGGUCGAAGGCUUUCCUAAGUACCCAAAGGGAAUCAUAAAGCGUACCGAUGUAGAGAACUUCCUGCUAAAGAAAAGCAAAUUUCCUAAGGUUUACAUGUGUAAAUACUUCAGGCUUCUGGAGAAGUUCCAGAUAGCACUGCCACUAGGAGAAGAUCAGCUCCUUGUUCCAAGCAGCUUGUCAGAUAAUAGGCCUGUGAUAGAGUUACCACACUGUGAAAACUCUGAAAUUAUCAUAAGGCUGUAUGAAAUGCCCUAUUUUCCCAUGGGAUUCUGGUCCAGGCUAAUCAACAGGUUGCUUGAAGUGUCGCCGUUUAUUCUUUCAGGAAGAGAACGAGCUCUUCGUCCUAACAGGAUGUAUUGGAGGCAAGGCAUAUAUCUGAACUGGUCACCUGAAGCCUAUUGCCUGGUGGAAUCGGCAGUUUUUGAAAACAACCCAAACAGUUUCCUCAAAAUUACUGUGCCUUCUUGCAGAAAAGGUUGCAUCCUCUUGGGGCAAGUUGUUGAUCACAUUGAUUCUCUUAUGGAAGAAUGGUUUCCGGGCUUGCUAGAAGUGGAUGUUUGUGGUGAAGGAGAAACACUCUUGAAAAAAUGGGCUUUGUAUAGCUUUGAGGAUGGUGAGGAGCACCAGCAAAUAUUACUUGAUGACCUUCUGAAAAAAGCAGAAGAAGGUGACCUCUUGGUGAAUCCAGAUCAGCCAAAAUGUACCAUUGCAAUUGCCCGAAUUGCUCCAGACCUGAUACUGGCCGAUUUACCUAGAAAUAUAAUGUUGAAAAAUGAGGAACUAGUAUUUUGCCAAACACCAGAAUUUCUUCUAGGUGAUGGUGGAUUUGGAUCUGUAUACCGUGCUUCUUACAGUGGAAAUGAGGCAGCUGUAAAGAUUUUUAAUAAGCACACAUCUCUUAGACUUCUAAGACAAGAACUUGCAGUGCUUUGCCAUCUUCAUCACCCUAGUUUAGUGCUCUUGCUGGCUGCAGCAGUGCGUCCCCGAAUGCUUGUCAUGGAAUUAGCACCAAAAGGGUCUCUAGAUCGAUUGCUGCAACAAGACAAUGCCAGUCUAACCAGAACACUCCAGCACAGGAUAGCUCUACAUGUAGCCGAUGGCUUAAGGUAUCUGCAUUCAGCAAUGAUAAUCUACCGCGAUCUAAAGCCCCACAAUGUGCUUCUCUUUACACUGUAUCCCAAUUCAGCGGUCAUUGCAAAGAUUGCCGAUUAUGGUAUCGCCCAGUAUUGCUGUAGAAUGGGGAUAAAAACAUCUGAGGGCACACCAGGCUUCAGAGCACCAGAAGUUGCAAGAGGAAAUGUUAUUUACAAUCAGCAAGCUGAUGUUUAUUCAUUUGGCUUGCUCCUGUAUGACAUUUUAACAGCUGGUGGGAGAAUAUUAGAAGGCAUGAAAUUUCCUAAUGAAUUUGAUGACUUAGCUAUCCAUGGAAAAUUGCCAGAUCCUGUCAAAGAAUAUAGCUGCACCCCCUGGCCAGAAGUUGAAGAUUUAAUUAAGAAGUGUUUGAAAGAAAAUCCUCAGGAAAGACCUACAUCUGCUCAGGUUUAUGAUAUUUUGAACUCGGCAGAACUUGUCUGCUUGAUGAGAUACAUCUCAGUACCCUCUCCUUUUGGAGCAGAUUGCAUGGUUGCUGCAAAUCCAAGUUGUAAGAAGACAGGAAUCUGGAUAGGCAGCGGAAACUUAGAAGCAGCACAGAUCUCAUUUAUUGAUUUAAAUUCAGAUGGACACAGGUGUCAGGAAAUUGCAGAUAACAGAGUAUUGUGUAUGGCCUUGGUAACUCUUUCUGCAGAGAAGGAGAACUGGAUUGUAGCAGGAACUCAUUCUGGUUGUUUAUGGGUCUUUCACACAGAAGAGGAGAAGCCCAGGCACCAACUUCAGAAGAUGUCAGAUUCUGUCACAUGUCUUUACUGCUACUCUUAUGCAAAGCAAAACAAACAGAGCUAUUUUUGUGCUGGUACAGCUGAUGGACAGCUAGCGGUUUUUAAAGACACAGCAGUAAAGUGCAAAGAUGCUGCACCUUUGAAAAUUUUACAACUUGGAACCCGCAGCACCCCACUUAUGUGCUUAAGAGAAUCUGUUUAUUCAUGUGAAAAAAAUACAAUCUGGGGAGGCUGUGGAACAAAGAUUAUAUCAUUUUCUAAUGACUUCUGCGUCCAAAAAAUCAUUGAGACAAAAACAAGCCAAAUAUUAUGCCACAGGGCUCACAGUGAUGCCAAUAUCAUUUCCAUAGCAGUGGACAAAUCCAUCUACUUGGCGAAGAAAAAUAGCUAUUUUGUGGAAGUUUGGGAUAAAAAGACAGAGAAGCUUUGUGAACUAAUCGACUGCAUGCAUUUUCUAAAGGAGGAGGUGCCAAACCUGAAUAAAGAAUCAAAACAAGAAGUUGCUAUUUUGGGAAGAGUGAAGAGCAUCUUCCUGCAGAAGAAUACAGCCCUUUGGAUUGGCACAGGGGGAGGACAUAUCUUACUGCUUGACCUCUCAACUCGUCGGCCCAUAAGAAUAAUAAGGGAUUUCUGUGAUUCUGUUAGAUUCAUGAUGACAGCCCAGUUAGGGAGCCUGAAGAACGUAGUUCUGGUGUUGGGCUACUGCCAUAAAGGUGAAAGCAAAGACAGCGAAUACACCACAGGAGUACAGUCAUGUUUGACUAUAUGGGACAUUAAUCUGCCACAUGAAGUGCAAAACCUGAGAAAACAUAUUGAGCUGAGACAAGAGUUAGCAGAAAAAAUGAAGAGCAUUUCUUUGGAUUAACUGGCUAUGAAAACACUUAUCUCACUGGGCUCAUACGGGAGGGUUCUGUGCUAGCUCCAUUGAAAUAUGCAAUGUAAAUAUUUCUCAGGAGGCAUCAGCAUCAGUUAUGUUGAAAAUAUAGAGAAUAUUAUUGACCGGGCAGUGCCUUAAUUUUCCAGUGGUGAAAGGUAGGUAGAAAACCCAGCUGUAACAUGUAACCUGAACUUUCAUCUGGUUUUCAAUGUCUUUUAUACCACUCCAUGUUUAGAGUAAUUCCACUAUCCCAUGCUGUAUUUAUGUAUGUAUAUUUAAUCAAGCAAUAUUUUUAUACUUUGUAACUUUUUGAAGCAUUAUGAUAUAAAUAAAGACAAGUUAUAGAGCAGGA